CUUCAUAUUACCCAUGUUCUAAUGUUGACUGGAUUUAUUACAAGAUUCAAAAUCCAGAGGAAGACAUCAAGGUUCAAAAUGGAAAUACUGUGAAGACGUCACCUGGAGCUGACAGGAUGAGUUUGAGCAGAAACUGCUCUCUGAUCAUCAACAACAUCACUGCUGAAGAUGCUGGUUAUUACAUCCGUGGGAUUAAAAAUGAUCGUGGUUACUCCCAAGCAUCUGUGUAUCUGAUUGUUUUAACAGUCUCUUCAUCUCCACCAGAUGUGGAUCCAGGAAGGGAUGGAGAUGUGACAUUACGCUGUUCUCUGUUGAGAAACAGUUACUUCGGUCCCUGUGAGCAGAACAGCAUCAUCUGGGUGGAUGAGACAGGAAGUGUGCUGCUUGGUGAAGGGGAUGGGUUUGUGUCUGGAGGACAGAACAACUGUGUUUCUGAUCUGAUGGUGAAACAUCAGAGAGGCUCCAAGAGAAGAUUCACCUGCCAGGUUGUUGAAGGAGACAGAGUGGAGAUAGAUGCUGAAUACACGCUGGACUUUACAGAUUCCAGUCUGAUCAAUACCGGAUUGAUUAUUGGAUGGGUGGUCAGGGGGCUGAUGGUGGUUCUGGUCAGCAUCGUGAUGUUUAUCAUUUACAGGAUGAAAGUUAAAAGGAACAAUCCCAAAAAUCAAACAGGUGUUCAGUUGCCAAUGCAGCAGAAUACUGGAGGAGCUGAAGAUUCCUUUUGCAGAUUGCAGAGGCCAGUCCUAUGACAAUGGAGCUAACAUGAAGGGCAGGCACCAAGGAGUACAAGCCAGACUGCUCCGAAUCAACCCCAGAGCUGUAUUUGUGCCUUGUGGAGCACAUACACUAAACCUUGUAAUUGCAGAUGCUGCCAAAUCUUCAGAAGAUGCAAAUGGUUUCUUUGGGUACCUGCAAAAGAUCUUCACCUUCUUUGCAGCUGGCACACAAAGAUGGAGUGUUUUGAAGA